AUGUUUGCCACUAGAGAAUAUUUGGAGAAAAAAACUGGACCCAACGGCUUGGGAAGGCUUAGUCACUUGCAGUCAAUUGUAGAUGAAUUUCAACAAACCACGAACAACAGUGCCAAAUUACAGAUCCUAGCAAAUUUGGCAAAUUUUGCUUAUGAUCCAAUCAAUUUACACUAUUUGAAAGUUCUAAACGUGGUUGAAUUAUUUCUAGCAGAUUGUCUGUUGGAAGAUGAUGAUCAGAUGGUGUUGUUCUCAAUUGGAGGCUUGUGCAAUCUUGUCACUGGUUACAAAUUCAAAUAUAUUACAUAUCUUUUUACUUAA